GGCACCUUCUUAUUUCUUCUCAGUCGCAGCCCUCCCCUUAGAGUUGAGCAUCAGUUUGCCUGAAGUUCAUUUCCAGAAGCAGCUCCUUCUGCAGGAGGAGGCUCCGGGCUUCUCUUUCUGGGGCUGGCUGUAGCUCAGGCCAGAGACACCUGGACACAGCCGCUGGCCUUUACAGCUGUCUUCAGGAGCUACCCUCUAACAGGAGUCCCCAGAGCUGGACCAGGGGGAUGAACCGUGAGGGAGCACCCGGUAAGAGCCCGGAGGAGAUGUACAUUCAACAGAAGGUCCGCGUGCUGCUCAUGCUGAGGAAGAUGGGGUCAAAUCUGACCGCCAGCGAGGAAGAAUUCCUGCGCACCUAUGCGGGGGUCGUGAGCAGCCAGCUCAGCCGGCUGCCACAGCACUCCAUCGACCAGGGUGCGGAGGACGUGGUGAUGGCGUUUUCCAGGUCAGAGACGGAAGACCGGAGGCAGUAGCUGAAAGCCCCUUGGGAUACCCUGAAAGCCACCGAGGGCCACAAGAUCUGUGGGGCUCCUUUCCCAGUUGAGUGGUAGCAAACCACCUUCCGCUUCCAUCCCUCUGCUCCCCUCCCCACCCUACCCCCCACCUUCCCCACCCUAGCCACUCCGCAGGGCUGGCAUCAGGGAGAUGCCGGCGGUGGUUUGUGAUUGGCUUGAAGGGAUGGACUGUGAUUGGCUGCAGGAAGAAACCUUUUUAUUUUUAAAUCUUGACCAACGGAAACCUUUUAUUUUUAUUUCUGACUCUUUAUUUUUUUAAAAAUUUGCGCCUCGGUAUCUGGCUUCCCCGGAAGCUCUCCGAGCUCUGGUGCUUUAUUUAGGUCAUUUUUUUAGGAUUGUGAAAAGGCCCAAUUGGCUACUUAAACUGGAAAAAGAUUGUGAUUGGCUGUCUUGUGGGAAAUGGUCUUUUCUUUGAUUGGCUGCAGGUGUUCUGCUCGUAUUACCAACUUCCUCUCUUCUGAAUGCAGAAAACAGGGUUUGGGGAUAAUGUUAUAUUUGACUUGAAAAAAGAAAAGAAAGAAACCAAAUUUGUGCAAUGUUUAUUACACAAAGAUCUUGCUGCUGCAUUCAUGUAUUGGGUCCGUAUUUGAAUUUGAUUGGCAGUCAAUAUGUGGAUUUGGUUUCCCAUUGGCUCACCCCUGACUCCCGUUGCCAUGGGCUUACUUCCACUCUGCUGCUUAUUGGAGGUCUGAGGGUACACCUGGAGAUUGUGCGCUUUAUUGACCACACAUGCCUCCCCUAGCAAAAGGAUUCCAGGGACCAUGAGCCAGGUCCACAGCUGGAAGGAGCAGUUGUCCUGAGCCUGCAGCCCAGAGCUCAGGGCUUACCAGGAGGCAGGAUUUAUGUACUCAGUUCUGAGAGCUGGCAGGCAGCCAGUUUCCCUGGGGGGGUGUGAUCCUGCAGACCCCCCCCCCACCAGCCCAUGCUAACCAAGCACAUAACACUGACUGGCAGCGCCAUCCUCUUUGCUGCCUCCUGUGUCUCACUUCCUUGGGACUUAGCAUCACCAGAUCCUGAAGAAGAGGCGUCUUUACCCGAGCAGAUACCCCAGUUUCACUCUCAGACCCCCAGAGACCUUCACUCCAAGCACCAACCUAACUCGGCUUCCCAGGGUCCCUUGCAGGGGUGGAAGGUAGGUCUGAGGUAGCAGGUGUGCUCUGGCUAACCCAAGCCCCCACUGCACAGUACCUGUCCAUGUCAGCCUCAAAGGGAUCGUAACGUGGCUUGUUUAUGAGAUGCCCACGAGGAAGACCAGCUAGGCCGCCAGUAAGUGGGCCCCACAGGCUAGCCCUCUGGGACACAUUUUACAGCAGCUCCUGAGGAGGGUCUGGGUCAUCAUCCCACCCACCCUUACCCCUACCCCGCCUUUUCUGGGAAGUAGAGGAAUGGUAAGUGCCUGGAACAUCUUGGCGCCAGGGAGUGUACAGGAGCCAACACGUCUUGAGACCAAAGCCGUGGGGGACCUCACUGUUGGUGGAUAGUUUGCACUGAUCAGCCUUGUUCCAGGAGGAGAAUUCAAAUGUCAUAGCUAAGGCCCAUAUCCUCCAGCACAUGGUCCCUGUCACUGACAGUAGCAUGCCACGGCCAUUGAGUUCCAGGGAGCAAGGCCAGUGGAGAAUCAGCUACGCCCAUGCCAGCCUGACCAGCAAGGUCUGAGGGUAUCGCUCCUGGAGAGGAGCCGUGUGCGCAGGCACAGUGAGAGUUCACGCACAGGCAGACGCUCACACUGUGCCAGUUCAGCCGGCCUGGAGAUUCAGCUGAGCCCCUGGGCAGAGAUGGGGUUCUUCAGUCCCACUCACUCAGGAGAGUGUGUAAAGUAGGGUGCCGCCACCUUCAGUUGGCUCCUGCCACUCCCUCGGAGCCGAGCCCUGGCGGUGGCGUGUGCUCACUCUUCCUGCACUGAUGGACUCCCCUGCUGAGGAUGUGCACGUGUCCUGUGGCUUCUUACUCCAAUGGAAAGUGUGUCUAAUGGAGAAAAACAGAACAAUAAAGAUUUUCAUA